AUGCAACCUAAAGAUGACAAGUCAAAACAGAAAAAUGUAAAAGCCACAGAGCUGAUAAAAGCAAAGCGCCAGAGCGAUGAAUCGUUGGACGUUGGAUUGGAGUCUGACGCUGAAUUGUUGGACGAGGAGGAAAUACAGUCUGAGUGUGAAGAAUCCAAGUCUGAUGUUGAUGUAAAAGCUACAGAGCUGAUAAAAACAAACCGCGCUUCAUGGCCCGACGUUGGAUUGGAGUCUGACGCUCAAAUAGAGUCUGAAUGCGACGAAUCCAAGUCUGAUGUUGAUGUAAAAGCUACAGAGCUGAUAAAAACAAACCACCAGAGCGGUGUAUGGCGCGACGUUGGUUUGGAGUCUGACGCUCAAAUAGAGUCUGAAUGUGACGAAUCCAAGUCUGGCGCUGAAUCGUUGGACGAGGAGGAAUCGCAAUCCGAAGUGGAGGAGUCGCAGUCUGAUGCUGAAUCGAUGGACAAGGAAGAAUCUGAAUCGGAGUCUGACACUGAAUCGAUGGAGGAGGAGGAAUCAGAUUCUACAAGUGAUGAAUCCGAGUCUGAGGCUGAGUCUGAGCCGUCGGACGACGAGAAAUCAGAAUCCGAAUCGGAAUCUGAGGCUGAAUCGAUGGACGAGGAGGAAUCAACGUCUGAACUAGAUUCCGAGUCUGAUUGUUCAUGGGACACUGACGAGAAUUUCUUUAAGAAGCCAGUAAUAAUUGAAGCAAAGAAACUUGGACCAAUUAAAAUAGAUUUGAUUAUCAAUUUGAAGAAGGUCGUUAAGCCACUGUGUAUAACGGAAGAGCCGGUAGACGCAGAUAUUGCCAAAGUUUCGGUGUUCGACGGAAUGUCUGAAGCAGAUAUCGAAACACAAAACGUGUCUGCACAGACUUUGAAAGAUGAAGCUUUGAACGAAUCUAAUGACGGAGCUGCACAGACUUUGAAAGAUAAAGCUUUGAACGAAUCUAACGACGAAGCUGAAAGUGAGAAGGAGCCGGUCGCAAUGAGUGUAGAAAUUAAAGUUGAUAAUUCAGAGAAUAAUGAUGAAGAAGACAUAGAAAUGCAGCUUUCGCCAAUGGAUGAAGGGCGUAUAACAGAGACUCCACGUGACGAUUUAGCUGGAUUUAUGUCUGAUUAUUGUAUUUUUGAGAAUAGUUUUAAAACCAACAAUGUGCUGGCUGUGAUAAAACAGGAUAUCGAACUUUAUGGCACCGUUACACUGACCUUGCUGUGUGGACGCCUUACAAUCAAUGGCUAUAAGGCGCGCCGCUAUGAUUCGUUGACCAUCUAUUCACCUAAAGGCUUUAACUGGGUGGUCAUUUCACCCAUGUCGAACAGGAAACCAAUCAAAUUAAAAAUGGAAUCAAGUUCGACUUGGAAAGUCCUGGAAGACAGCUUCACACGCGCCCAGCUGGAUAAUAUUGAGAGAAACUAUGAUGGGUAUCGUGAUGCGAUUGUGCUGAUGCAGCGGAACAGCUCUGCACAGAAUAUGCUCCACAUCAUUGGCAAGCACAUGGUGGAGAAGGUUUUCCCCUCGGUGAAUACUUCCAAUCGUCCGUAUGCUACCAGUGAGUAUAUCUUAAACUGCUUAAUCCAGAGCGCCGAUACACGGCAAGCGCUGCGGGUGCCCCGCGCGUGGAUGAAGCUGAAAGUGGAGCAGCACAGUCGCUGGAUGGUAGCUGGUGGCAAAGGUGUGGGCAAAUCCACGUUACUUCGCUAUAUGCUAAACAGGCAUUUGGAACACUACAAUCGCAUUUUAUUCAUUGACCUGGACAUUGGACAGCCCGAGUUGUUUGUCCCACAAACGGUUUCAUGCCAUGUCAUCGAUCGUCCGCUGCUGGGAGCUGGUUUCUUUUUCAAUAAACAGCCAGAUCGAGCAUAUGCAGUCGGUCAUGUGAAUGUGGUGAUGUGCGCGGAGCAGUACAUCCAAGCGGUGCGAGAGUUGGUGUAUUAUUGCAAGGUAAACCCGUGCUAUGAUGAUAUACCUUGGCUCAUCAAUACGAUGGGCUAUAACAAAGGUUUCGGUCGUGAGCUCAUGGCUCUAUUGAUCGACUGUGUCGAUCCUACAGAUUUGAUACAAAUAUCCAGUCCUAAGGCCAUCAACAAUUUUGAGAUAACUCUCGAUCCCGAAUCCCUGGCGAAGGUGCGGCCCAUUAUUUAUACAGCUGAUGAGUUUAAGGUCGAAACCAAAAACUUCAGAUACAAAUUGCAUCAGUUACAAAGCGCUUUGCCGCAGCUGGAGCCGAACGAGCAUCACUGGAGGAUGAGUCCCAAGGAUGUGCGCUACGCCAAUUUCUUGGCCCGUCUCAGCAGUGCGUUGAACGGCAAUGCCAAGCACCUGACCGAUUGUCAGCCAGUUAGCGUGGAUCUGGACGAACUGAACCUUGUACAUCUCGUCUCCAAGGAUUACGCACGUGAGGAACUUAUAGCUGGCAUGGAGGCCAAUCUGGUUUAUCUAUGCAGGGGUCAGCUGGGUGACGAUCCAAAACAGUGUCUAGGCAUAGGUGUUGUGCGUGCCAUUGAUUAUGAGAAGAAGCAGCUGUAUCUAGUCCCAGCCAUGCCUCUGGAGCGUCUCUGGCUGGUCGACUGCUUGGUGUUAGGCGGCGCCAUGUGCCUGCCGCAAGGCUUCUUCAAGGAUCAAGGUACCGGCGUUGCUAACAAUGUGCCUUUCGUGUUCAUUAUAGAUGACAACAGGUCUUCUAAGAGUAUUCAACAGAUCUACUUUCGUCCGAACAAACAAGCCAAAACAAAUACCGAAUAUUAA